AUGGCCAACAAGACCACGGCGAAGGCCGCGUGGGACGCGUUGAAGACGCAGCACAUCGGCAUGGAUCGUGUGAGGAAGGCCAGGGCGCAGUCGCUGCGUCAGGAGUUCGGCGACCUCGUCUUCAAGGAGGGCGAGUCCAUCGAUGACUUCGCGUAUCGCAUCACCAAGAUCACUGAUCAGCUCGCCGUCUUGGGUGACGUGAUGGAGGAGGAGACGAUCGUCCGUAAGUUCUUGCAGGUCGUCCCCGAUCGGUUCGGUCAGAUCACGGCGUCGAUCGAGACCCUCCUCGAUCUCGAGGCGGUCUCACUGGAGGAGCUGGUGGGGCGGCUCAAGGCAGUUGAGGAGAGCCUAGAUCGAAGGAGAGGCCGAGGCGGCGCUUCCGGCAACGGCGGCGCCGGAAAGGAGAUCGACGGCAAGCUCUACUUCACCGAAGAGCAGAUGGUGGCCCGGUUUGCGUCCCGCCUCAACCUCAACAACGACGGGCCGGGCGCGCAUGGCAGGGCGCAAUCUGGCUCGGGCGCGCGCCGUGGCGGAGGUGGCCGCGGCAGGGGGCGCGGCAGGGGGCAGCCGCGCUCGGGGCCGUCCAAGGGCGGCAACAGUGGCAACGGCGACGACGACGCGUGCCACUACUGCGGCAAGUCCGGGCACUGGAAGCGGGAGUGCCGUAAGAAGAAGCGGGACGAGGAGAAGGCGGCAGCAAGCCAGCCGCAAGCCAACCUUGCCCAGGCGGAGGAGGAGUCGCCCUCCCUAUACAUGGCAGUGGUGACCCCGGCGGAGGACAACGUCCGCCGCAUGCACCACGUCGAACACGAGCUGCGUGUCAGGAGCGGCAUCGUCAAUGUCUUCGUCGGCACGACAUGA